AUGUCCAAGGACUCUGCUAUUCUUUCUGAUCCGCAGGGCUCCCGCGUGGCUGAUGGUGAUGAGAAUACUGGGCGUGGAAACUGGACCAACAAGAGAGAAUAUAUCCUCUCUAUGAUCGGCUAUGCUAUUGGCCUGGGAAAUAUCUGGAGAUUUCCAUAUAUAGCCUAUAAGAAUGGAGGAGGUGCAUUUCUCAUUCCUUAUUUCGUGACAUUGUUUCUCUGCGGAAUCCCUUUUUUCUUCCUGGAAAACGCCAUCGGUCAGUUCUGCAGCCAAGGUCCAAUCAACAUGUGGCGAGCAGUGCCGAUACUGCAAGGUGUCGGCUUUUCCAUGGUUGCGAUGAACACAUUUGUGUCAAUUUAUUAUAACGUUAUCGUCGCCUACAGCCUGUACUACAUGUUCGCCUCCUUCCAGUUUCCUCUGCCGUGGUCCAGCUGCUUCAGUAACUGCAGCACGAUGUCAAUAGUGUCUUGUAGUGUAAAUGGUGUUUUAGUGGCCAACUGGACUCAGGAAAACACUACUUGUCCUUCAUCUGACAUGAUCACAGCUUCUGUGCGGAGUCCAAGUGAACAGUACUGGGAUCUCGUGGCUCUGCAGAGAUCCAGUGGUCUAGAUGAAACAGGACCAAUAGUUUGGCACUUGGCCCUCUGUCUGCUGCUGAGCUCCAUACUUGUUUCUGCAGCGCUCAUCAGAGGCAUCAAGUCAUCGGGAAAAGUUGUGUAUUUCACAGCUACGUUACCGUAUGUGGUGAUUUUGAUCCUGCUGAUCAGAGGUGUGACACUGGAGGGAGCGCAAGAUGGGAUCGAGUUCUACAUUGGUUCACAAUCCAAUUUGACUAAACUAACGGAAGCACAGGUCUGGAAAGAUGCAGCGACUCAGACUUUUUUUUCCCUGUCCAUUGCAUGGGGUGGUAUUGGGACCCUUGCUUCCUAUAACAACUUCCACAACAACAUGUUUCUGGAUUCAGUUGUUAUAACCCUCAUUAACCAUGGCAGCAGUGUGUUUGCAGGCUUUGCCAUUUUUUCAAUUUUGGGUCAUAUGGCUCACAUCUAUGGAAAGCCAGUUGGAAAAGUGGUGAAGGAAGGGUUUGGACUGGCAUUCAUUGCAUAUCCAGAGGCUCUGGCUAAGCUUCCUGUUUCCCCUCUGUGGUCUGUCCUGUUCUUUUUAAUGCUUUUCAUAGUUGGCCUGGACACUCAGUUUACACAAAUAGAGGUGAUAACCACCUGCUUGUUUGACGCCUUCCCUGAAAUCUUCAAAUCCAAACGGGCCGUACUGACUAUAGGGACAUGUGUCAUCGUCUUCCUCUUGGGCCUACCAUGUGUCACAAGGGCAGGAAUAUACUGGGUAACUCUAAUCGACCAGUUUGCUGCCAGCUGGAUGAUGCUUAUUGUGGCUUUCAUAGAGGUCAUUGGCCUCUGCUACAUAUACGGAGGGAACCGUUUUAUUGAAGACAUUGAGAUGAUGAUUGGAAAUAAAAGCUUCUGCUUCUGGCUGUGGUGGAGAGCAUGUUGGUUCUUCAUCAGUCCCUGCAUCAUUCUGGUGAUAUUGUUCUGGUCUCUGAUAAACUUUGCCCCCCCCACCUAUGGACAAGUCCACUAUCCAGCCUGGGGCUUGGCUCUGGGUUGGUGCAUGGUUGCAGCCAUCCUCAUCUGGAUCCCUGUUGUCGCUGGUUACAAGCUGAUAAAAGCAGAGGGAAGCCUCUGGAAGCGUCUGAAGUUUUUGUGCUCUCCUUCAGAGGAUUGGCAUCCCUACCUGGACAUCCAUCGAGGAGAACGCUACUCAAAAGAACGCUGCCACACGUUUAACUGUAAUGUGGCAGGCUUGUCCUUGAGUCCUUCAGUGUUCCCAUGUCCAGCCGGGGAACAGUCCACCUGUGAACAGAAUUCAAAUGCUGAGACAGGGAAGGGAUGCUGUGCCAGUUUCACACGCAACCUGUUAGGAUAUCAUGUGCCAUAA